AUGUUGGCCUUCUCCAAGUUCAGGAAAGCAACGAAGAUCCCCUGCGUAAUCCGUCGAAACCUAAAGCCUCCUGCCUACUUCCGGAGAUUUUCCUCUUGGUCCAAGGAACCUCUUUCUUCGAACCCGCAAUUGCCUCUUCGUUUCUGCAUCUGGGUGGCACUCAAGUUCGAGACUUUAUCCACCAGCAAUUACAGCGGCUUGGUAAGUGAGGUCCUUUGCACCAACAACUGGUUUUCCCUUUACUGGGAAGCCCUCGAGCAUCUUAAGAAAUCUGGGAUUUUGAUAACUUCUGAUUUGGUUAGGGUUUUGAUUGGGGCGUAUUGGCGAGUAGGUCUCGCCGAAAAGGCUAUAGAAUCGUUCAGUAGAAUGGGUGAGCUUGGUUGCAUACCUGAUGCUCGUGCUUAUAACACCAUUUUGGAUAUUGCGUUGAAGAAAGAGUUGUUUGUUUUGGUACUUGCGGUGUAUAAUAUGAUGCUUAAGUCCAAUUGUUCUCCUAAUGAGCACACCUAUAAUAAGUUGAUUAGUGGGUUUUGUAGAAAUGAUGAUGUUAAGGGUGCACUUGAGAUUGUCGAUGAGAUGGGCGUAAAGGAUGUAGCGCCGAGUGCGAAGACAUUUUUCGCUAUUUUUUCUGGUCUGUGUCAUGGUAAGAGGGUAGAUGAGGCACGCAGGUUGUUUAAUUUGACAGAAGAAAGAGGGUGGAAGCCUGAUUUGAUGUCUUAUUGUGUUUUUAUUAAUGGGUAUUGCAAGUUGGGGAGGUUAGAUGAAGCCAUUUCGAUUAUGCGAUUGUUAGAAAAUGAAGGGUUAACCCUUGAACUAAAGGGCUAUAGUCCUCUGAUUGCUGGUUUUUUUAGGGAAAAGAGAUACCAAGAAGCGCAUUCGUGGUAUGGAAGGAUGCUUAAGAAUGGUAUUGUUCCAGAUGUUGUUUUGUACACAAUUAUGAUACGGGGUUUGUCGAGCGAGGGCAGGGUUGGUGAAGCUGUGAAGAUGUUAGGUGAGAUGACCCAGAGAGGAAUAGUUCCUGAUGCUGUUUGUUACAAUGAAGUGAUUAAAGGUCUUUGUGACGCUGGUCUUUUGGAUCGAGCACAAUCUCUCCAACUUGAAAUUUCUGAACGUGAAGGGUUUCAUAAUGUUUGCACACAUACCAUUCUCAUCUGUGACCUUUGUAAGAGAGGAAUGGUUAAUGAGGCACAAGAAAUAUUUAAUCAGAUGGAGAAGCUUGGAUGUUUGCCUUCAGUUGUGACCUUCAAUGCUCUCAUAAAUGGACUGUGCAAGGCUGGUAAACUGGAGGAGGCACACCUUUUAUUGUACAAGAUGGAGAUUGGGAGAAGUCCUUCAUUAUUCUUCCGUCUUUCUCAGGGUUCUAGUCAGGUCUCAGAUAGUGCUAGUCUCCAGAAAAAGGUGGAGCAAAUGUGUGAGGCUGGACAACUUGUGGAUGCGUACAAGUUUCUCAUACAACUUGCCGACAGUGGGGUUGUGCCUGACAUUGUGACGUACAAUGUUCUAAUCAACGGCCUUUGCAAGGCUUCUAAGGUCAAUGGUGCUUUAAAGCUUUUCAAGGAUAUGCAAAACAAGGGGCUAUCACCUGACUCUGUUACUUAUGGGACACUGAUUGAUGGGCUUUUCAGGCUUGGCAGAGAAGAAGACGCCUUUAAGAUGUAUGAGCAUAUGUUGAAGCAUGGGUGUCAACCUAGCUUUGAAGUUUAUAAAGCACUUAUGACUUGGUUGUCUAGAAAUAGGAAGGUCUCACAGGCCUUCGGUCUUUAUUUGGAUUUUUUAAAGACUCUUCGUGGAAGGGAAGACAAUUCAAUCAAUGCUUUAGAGGGAUAUUUUAUCAAAGGAGAAGUGGAACAAGCAAUUCAACGUUUACUUGAACUGGACUUCAGGUUCAGAGAUUUUAAUUUAGCUCCAUAUACCAUUCUACUUAUUGGGUUUUGUCAGGCAGAAAAAUUAGACGAAGCAUUAAUUAUAUUUUCUGUUCUUGAUAAGUUUAAUAUCAAUAUCAAUCCUCCAAGCUGUGUACAUUUGAUCGAAGGACUCUGUAGAAAAGGAAGGCUGGAUGAUGCGGUAAGCAUCUUCCUUUACACUCUUGACAAAGGUUUCAUGUUGCGGCGAAGAAUUUGUAAGCGGCUCCUCAUGUGUCUUCUUCAUUCCCCAGAUAAAAGUCAUUAUGCUAUUGAUCUUGUUCGUAGGAUGGAGUCUACUGGAUACCGCAUAAAUUAUUGGGUUGGUAAAGGAUGCAUCGUGUACAAAGCAGGAAAAAUUCAUUCUCUAAGAGAUUCCAUUACACUGACUGAUCAAGAUAAAUAA